AUGGCCAGUAAUGACCUGGUAACUUUUGCGGGCGAUGGACCUGCAGAACUGGUGGACCUCGCCCAGGCCACCAUCUUCAUCCACGCUGACGACUUUCCGGGCGUGCACAUCGCCGCCAGAAACCUUGCCCAGGAUUUUGCGCGUGUGACCGGCAGUGACCCGCGACCGAUUGUCUUGCUUAAAGGGAAUGCAGACUCUACUGAUAUCGAAAAGGUGGACAAUGGCAUCAUCAUUGGUAGCUUACAGAGAAACCCCUUGCUCCAAAGCCUGAAAGGAUACGAGCUUGCUUCUUUAGACACGGGGCGGGUGCUGGGAAAGUGGGAGUCCUUUACAACUGCUGUUCUCCAAAAGCCGUUUCCAUGGUGUAAGAGGGCUUUGGCGAUCGCCGGAAGUGACAAAAGAGGUGCCAUCUUCGGAACAUACACGCUAUCGGAACAGAUCGGUGUGUCACCAUGGUACUACUGGGCUGAUGUGCCACCCAAGCAUCGUGCUUCUAUUCAUGCUCUCCCUGUCAACACUUACCAAGGAGAACCAAGCGUCAAGUAUCGGGGAAUCUUUAUCAAUGACGAAGCCCCCGCCCUCACAGGCUGGGUUCUCGAAAACUUUGGUAGCUAUGGCCCGGAAUUCUACAAGAAGGUCUACGAACUGCUGCUACGCCUCAAGGCAAACUUUAUGUGGCCAGCCAUGUGGCCUGGAUAUCCAAAUCCGGGAGCCAUAUUUUUCACCGACGAUGCAGAAAACGCGAGGAUCGCAGACGAGUACGGCAUAGCUGUUUCCACCUCGCAUCACGAGCCGAUGCAAAGAGCUACCAGCGAGUGGUUCGCUGAUAACCCUGAUGGCAGCUGGAACUGGCUGACCAAUCGUGAGAAGAUAACCGACUUCUUCAGGGAGGGAGCUAGCAGGGCCAAAGGACUAGAAUCUUAUUUCACCCUGGGAAUGCGUGGGGAAUAUGACAAGGGGAUGAAGGCAGACGACCCGGCUGCUGUCGUACGUGACGUACUCAAGACGCAGAGAGGAAUCUUCAAGGAUGUAUAUGGGAGAGAAGAUGCUGUGCCACAGUUACUUGCUCUAUACAAGGAAGUGCAAGAGCAAUACGAUAGUGGUCGUCUUGAGGUACCUGAUGAUGUGACACUUCUCUUUGCAGAUGACAACUUUGGGACAAUCAGGAGACUGCCAACUGGGGAUGAGGUCAAAAGAAGCGGCGGGGCAGGGAUAUACUAUCACUUCGAGUAUGUUGGUGUACCCAGAAGCUACAAGUGGAUCAACAGCAAUUCGUUGGGCAAGACGUGGCACCAGCUAAGGGAGGCUCACCGGAGAAAAGCAAACAGGAUCUGGGUCUUCAAUGUUGGCGACAUCAAGCCUAUUGAGGUGCCUCUGACUUUUGCCAUGAAGCUUGCUUGGAACAUCAACUCAGUGAAGCCCGACGACUUUCAGACGGCGUUUUACAAGAGUACUGCUGAAUCUUAUUUCAGCGAUUACCUCCUCGCAUACGACAUUGGCGCAAACUGGCAGGCAUACGAUCGACUUGCUAGCUUGCGCAGACAUGAGCAUAUUGAGGCCUCAACAUUUUCCUUACUCCAUUACAACGAAGCAAGCGAAAUCGUCAAGCGCUGGAAAAAUCUUCUUACCGACGCAGAGAAGAUAUACGCCCAGUGCAGCGAAGCAGAGAAGCCGGCAGUAUUCGAGCUGGUCCUUCAUCCGGCUAAGGCUUCCUACAUUUUCACUCAGCUACAGAUAACGCUAGCGCGUAACCAGAUGUUUGCAAGGCAAAGGCGCAACACAACGAACUCGGUCGCUCGCAGAGUGCUGAAGCUCUUUGACGCCGACUUUGAUCUCUCGGAAGAGUUCCACCACAGCCUUUUACAAGGGAAAUGGAACCACAUCAUGUGUCAAGCUCACAUGGGAUAUGGGGAUACAUGGCACGCCCCUUCCCGCGAUAUGAUCUCGGGACUCUGCUACGUUCAAACCAGACAAAACUCGAAUGCCAUUGUGGGGCAGAUGGGAGUUGCGAUAGAGGGUCAUGAGGGCGUGAGGCCAGGGAGGAUCAAUGAAGAGUCUGAGCGUACGCACCCGAGCCGGAGGGAUCUGGUGCCGGGCCUUACGCUUUCGCCUAUGAGCCGCUACGGGCCUGCCAGCCGAUGGUUUGACAUCUUCACCCGAGGCACACAAGUAAUUCAUUGGAAGGCAAGCUCACCUCACUCGUGGAUCACACUUUCCCAGACAACUGGCACAUUGAAUCCCAAGUCGGAGGAUCCGGAUGAAGAUGCUCACGUUGAGAUAUCCAUCAAUUGGGAUGAGGUUCCUGAUGACUUCAGGUCCGAGGUCCUCGUUGAUAUCCGCUCAGAAGAAGGUGAUUUUGAGCAGGUGCACCUCCCUGUUGACGGCCGACGUUUGCCAAGCUCCUAUUCCGACGGUUUUGUCGAGGCUGAGGGCAUCAUUUCCAUACCUGCACCAUGUGUCCAGGGACCUUUACCGUCAGGCUACAAAGUCCUUCCCGAGAUUGGCAGAGGGUUAGAAGGCUCAGUGGCCCAACUCGAAGCUCUUGACGCCGACUCAAUGCUUGUGCAAUGCCUGCAAUACAAGACUUAUGUCUUUACAGACCUGAUUGCGGCAGACACAAACGUAGCAGUUUUGGCUUUGUAUUUCAACAUGACACUCGAUAUUGAUCCCACAAACCCCAUGAGCUUCAAAUUUCAGGUUGACGAUGGUCAGACUCAUACUCAUACGUUACUUCCGUCACAAGACCAAAAAGGCCAGUCAGGCAAUGGGCUUCCCGACGGCUGGUUCCAUGCCGUGCAGGACUGCGUCUGGCUGCGCAAGUACACCAUCAACGCUGCUACUCUCACCCCUGGGGAACACACCAUACGCCUUUGGUUGGCACACAGCAAUUUGGUACUAGAAAAGAUUGUGAUUGACUUUGGCGGGAUGAAGCCCAGCUAUCUCGGUCCUCCUGCGAGCAUGUAUAUCGACUAG